UUCUUCCGCCAAAGGCAGGGACUCUUUAACGUGUUAAGUCGCAGGACUGUCCCCUACCCCGCGCUUUGCUUCACAAACAGCUCUCCCGUCCCCGUCUUGGUUGACUCUCCUUUGCACCGUGCGCCUGUCUGCUCUGAGCUGGGGACACCAGAACACCUGCAAAGGGCGGGGUCACCGGAGGGGGCGCGGAAGGAGGCGAGUAAUACGUCCGCAAGAUGGCUGCCGCGGAGGCUGACGGGGAGAAGCGAUUCUGAAGAAGGAAAACAACAAUAACAAGGCGGAAAUUGACCCAUUCACAACAGCCUGCUCAUACCCGGGAACCAGGUGGAGGAGGAGGAAGAAGACUUCCCAGAACUCAGAAUCUAGCACAGAGCUGAUGAGGGGGUAUCAGGCCUAGUGGUUGUUUCUUCCAUAUGUUGGAGCUGCCUGGACUGCAGGAUGAAUCUGUGAGACACAACUUCUCUCCCGUUGGAAUUAACAGUACGUGAUUGUUUGGAAAAGGGAAUAUGUUGAAUAUGGAGACCGAAGACUUUGUGCCUCCCGCCGAGUGCCCUGUUUUCGAACCAACCUGGGAAGAGUUUAAGGAUCCCUUAGGAUAUAUUGCUAAAAUCAGGCCUAUUGCUGAAAAAUCUGGAAUAUGCAAAAUCCGCCCGCCUGUGGACUGGCAGCCACCAUUUGCCGUGGAAGUAGACAACUUUCACUUCACUCCACGUAUUCAGAGGCUCAAUGAACUUGAAGCAGAGACUAGAGUCAAGCUAAACUACUUGGACCAAAUCGCCAAGUUUUGGGAGAUCCAGGGAUCCUCUUUAAAAAUUCCGAAUGUGGAGCGCAGAAUCCUGGAUCUGUACAGUCUGAACAAGAUUGUCCAGGAAGAGGGUGGCUAUGAGCCAAUAUGCAGAGAACGAAGGUGGGCGCGUGUGGCACAACGCAUGGGAUACCCCUCAGGAAAGAACCUUGGUUCACUGUUACGCUCCCAUUACGAGCGCAUCAUCUAUCCCUUUCAUAUGUACCAGUCGGGCGCAAACAUGGUGGACUACAGAGAGAGGCCACGCUAUGACAAUGAAGAGAAAGAUAAGGAAUACAAGCCACACAGUAUCCCUCUGCGCCAGUCCGUCCAACCCUCCAAAAUUACCAGCUAUGGACGGCGAGCCAAGCGCCUAACUCAGGAGGAUCCUGAGAACUCAGAUCCUGCCGCCCAGAGCUCCUCUCAGCCCACUGAAACAUCUCCAUCCUGGCCGGAGCCAACUGUUGAGGAUAUAGAGAAGAAUCCAGAGCUGAAAAAGCUCCAGAUAUAUGGUGCAGGCCCCAAGAUGAUGGGAUUAGGACUUAUGGCCAAAAAUAAGAACUUGCGCAAGAAAGACAGCGAUAUCCCAGAAUGCCCUCCGACACUGGUGAUUAAGGAAGAGGUUCCGGUGGAAGGGCGUGGAGAGCCAGGGGAAGUUCAGGUGCAUGUGAAACAGGAGCGCUCCCUCAGCCCAGAGCCAUGCACAAAGAUGACCAUGAGGCUACGCAGGAACACCAUCACCAACAGCAAUCAAUUUGUGGACUCCUACAUUUGCCGCAUUUGCUCCCGCGGCGAUGAUGACGACCGCUUGUUGCUGUGUGAUGGAUGUGACGACAACUACCACACCUUCUGCUUACUUCCACCUCUCCCUGAACCACCGAAGGGUAUCUGGCAUUGCCCUAAAUGUGUCAUGGCAGAAUGCAAGCGGCCCCCUGAAGCAUUCGGGUUUGAGCAGGCCACGCGAGAGUUUACACUACAAAGCUUUGGCGAGAUGGCUGAUGCAUUUAAAGCUGAUUACUUCAACAUGCCUGUACAUAUGGUCCCCACGGAGCUAGUGGAGAAGGAGUUCUGGCGCCUGGUUAACAGCAUAGAGGAGGAUGUCACAGUACAAUAUGGAGCAGACAUUCACUCCAAGGAGUUUGGCAGUGGCUUCCCCAUGUUGGAUGGAAAAACAGAACUCUCCCCUGAGGAAAAGGCGUAUGCCACCAGCGGCUGGAAUUUGAAUGUGAUGCCAGUACUGGAGCAGUCUGUGCUAUGUCACAUAAACGCUGACAUCUCUGGCAUGAAGGUGCCCUGGCUUUAUGUGGGAAUGGUCUUCUCUGCCUUCUGCUGGCACAUUGAGGAUCACUGGAGUUACUCCAUCAACUAUCUUCAUUGGGGGGAACCAAAGACCUGGUAUGGGGUGCCUUCCUCAGCAGCUGAACAGCUUGAAGAUGUGAUGAAGAAGUUGACUCCGGAGCUUUUUGAAAGCCAGCCUGACCUCCUGCAUCAGCUGGUCACUCUCAUGAACCCCAACACACUCAUGGCACAUGGCGUGCCGGUUGUGCGCACCAAUCAAUGUGCAGGGGAGUUUGUCAUCACAUUCCCAAGAGCCUAUCAUAGCGGCUUCAAUCAAGGCUACAACUUUGCAGAGGCAGUCAACUUCUGCACUGCUGACUGGCUCCCGGCCGGCAGGAAGUGCAUUGAGCAUUACAGGAGGUUGCGUAGAUACUGUGUCUUCUCUCAUGAAGAGCUGAUCUGCAAGAUGGCGGCUUGCCCCGAGAGGUUGGACAUGAGCCUGGCAGCUGCUGUACACAAAGAAAUGUUCCUGUUGGUGCAGGAAGAAAGGCGGCUGCGCAAAACACUGUUGGAACAGGGCGUUACUGAGGCAGAAAGGGAAGCUUUUGAGCUACUUCCUGAUGAUGAACGACAGUGCCAGAAGUGCAAGACCACUUGCUUCCUCUCCGCUUUGGCAUGUUAUGACUGCCCUCAGGGCUUGGUGUGCUUGUACCAUAUUGAGGACUUGUGCCAGUGCCCACCAUCUCGUCAGUAUCUCAGGUAUCGCUACACCCUGGAUGAGCUUCCGGCCAUGUUACAUAAGCUCAAAGGUCGGGCAGAGUCCUUUGACACCUGGUCUAAUAAAGUGCGCCUGGCUAUAGAAUUAGAUGGGAAAACUAAGAAAGAACUGGUGGAGCUGAAGACUCUGGAAGCGGAGGCUUUUGAGAAGAAAUUUGUAGAGAAUGAGCAUCUGCAGCUACUGAGGGGCUCCAUCCAAGAAGUUGAAAGCUGCAUUGCCGAAGCAAAGAAAGUGCUGGUCUUCUCCCAAGCCAAUAGGAGUCAUUCUACAGUGAUCUCUCUGGAGGGUUUGAUCAAACUUGUUAAGCGUAUUCAGUCAGUCCCUUGUGUGGUCCCACAGCUUUCUCAGCUUCAGUGUCUGCAGGAAGAGGCGGAGACCUUGCAGGAAGAGGCACAGAAAUCCUUGCUGACUCUCUCGAAUAGCACCUCUCAGCUGCGGGAGGUACUGGAGCGCUGCCAGGCUCUGACGGUGGAAGUGCCCGCGGUCAGGCAAAUAGAGAGACAUUUGCGGCAGGGUGAGUGGUUGGAGCGAGUACGCACAGCGUUGAGUUCGGGACGGUCGGGCACACUUCAGGAGAUGCGCUCGCUCUUAAAGGAGGCAGAAGAAGUGGCUGAGAGCCCAGCAGUAGAAAAGGCACGGAGUGAACUGCAGGAGCUUAUCUCUAUUGCUCUGCGCUGGGAGGAGAAGGCCCAGAUGUGUUUGGAGGCAAGGAAAAAGCAUCCCCCUGCCAUGUUAGAGGCCAUCAUAAAGGAAGCUGAGCAUAUUCCAGUGCAGUUACCCAACACCCUGAGCCUGAAGGAGGCUCUCUGCAAGGCCAGGGCUUGGAGUGCUGAUGUGGAGGAGAUACAGAGCGGCGAUCACUACCCAUGCCUGGACGAUUUGGAGGGUUUGGUUGCCGUGGGCCGGGAUCUCCCGGUGAAAAUGGAAGAACUUCAUCAGCUAGAGGUGCAAGUGGCGGCUGCGCAUUCCUGGAGGGAGAAAGCAUCGAAAACGUUCCUCAAGAAGAAUUCCUGCUACACCCUCCUUGAGGUGCUGUGCCCAAGUGCAGAUGUUUGCUCAGACACUGGAAAGCGGUCUCGGUGGAAGAAAGAGAAGGAGCAGGGCUUGUACAGGUCAGACAUUGAGAGCCUUGGGCUGUCUGCACAGGACCUGCGGGACCCUGGUUGUAUAGUGCUGGCAUUUAAGGAAGGAGAGCAAAAAGAGAAGGCUGGAAUCCUUAGGUUACGCGCCAUGAAUUCUUCCCUGGAAAGAGGCUGUGUAUGUGUUUGUGGGGAGCCGCCAGACGAGCUCAUGCUCAGAUGUGAGCUGUGUCAAGACUUAUUCCAUGGGCUGUGUGUGCCCAGCCCCCGGCUCUCAAAUCACCGUGGUGCACACACUAUGCCAUCUCUUAUUUGGUGGGAAUGGGACAGCCGUUUCUUGUGCUCACUGUGUGUGCGCUCGCGGAGGCCUCGGCUGCAGACCAUUCUCUCUCUGUUGGUCGCCCUCCAGAAACUGCCAGUGCGACUGCCAGAGGGCGAGGCUUUACAGUGUUUAACAGAGCGAGCCAUGAGCUGGCAGGAUCGCGCUCGCAGGGUGCUAGCCACGCCGGAAAUUUCUUCUGCCGCAACAGCACUUGCAGAGCGCAGGCAAAAAAUGCAGCAGCAUUGUAAAGAUCCCCAGGCACUGAGAGAGACAACCCGGAAUGAACAGAACCCAGUCCCACAAGAGAAUGGUGACUGUCACACUGAGAAUGGCACUUGCGCGAUGCCAGAUCUAGAUGCCAUGGCUGCCCUGCUCCCUCGUUUAGAAAAGACAGCGAUUCUGGAGUUGUCGCUAGGCUCUCGAGCGCUACUGGAAGACUUGAUGUUGGAGGGGGACCUUCUAGAGGUGUCGCUGGAAGAAGAAGCGAGCAUUUGGCGAUUGUUACUGGCAUCUCAGGUGCCCUGUAUAGAGAGACUGCGCACUUUGAUAGAGAUUGAAAGGUGUGAGCGUAGGCUGGCUCGGCAAAAAGGCAAAGACCCAGAGAAGAGGAAGAAGAGGAGGAGCGAGCGGGGUGAUGGCUACUCUCCCCCCAUUCUCCCAAAGGAGGAGCUGGGUCCAAAGAGGUGCCGCAGUGACAUCCGAGCGCAGGAGACCCUCUCUGAUAAGGAGAGCCCCAGGAAAGGAGGGAGUGAAUGCAGCCAGAAUGGAGGAGAGAAGCGCUUGUGACAUUCGGCCAGGGGACCUGACCCAAUGACGCCGGGACAGUAACACUCCUCUCCGGACGGACACUCAGUUUUACCUCGCUGAAGAAUAGUGAGAGGCGGAUGUAUGGGAGGCCAAAAACAAACACAGGUGCCCCCUCCCUUCUACACUGCAUUCUCUGUUCUGUUUCUGCUCCCUCCUGUCUGGAAGCUGGGGGGUGUAUUCCUCACUCUGGGGGGGGGUGCAUUGUAUUAACUGGUGCUGCCUGACUGUGACACAAAGCAGAACCACUUGCUGCUUUUGUAAGGACUGAAGGAUUCUGGGUAAGCGAAGGGAAAGACUUGGCUUCUCUUCUGAGUUAAUCAUCAAGCAAAUAAUUCCCAGCGAAUUAAGACCCUGCACCACGGCCAAGUUGCCUGUAAUGGGGGGAGCUCUGCAGUCUCUCUCUGGGUUCAGAAAGGCAUGAGGAGCGGACAUUUUGGCUACCCCCCCCCCCAGACACAGGACUGGAGAAGUACACUUUAUUUUCUAGGUGUCCAGUACCAGCAUUCGGGCAUUCCCGGUGCCACGGAGAGGGAUGAGGUUAUGGGGGUAGCAGUGGUUAUGGUGGGACAUGUUCAGUUUAUUUAUUCCCUUCUCCUUAUUGGACUCUCACUAACUGCCCGACCCUUCCCUCUGUCUCCCCUUAUUCAGGUUCUCUGCACCCCACCCUAGUCACAUGUUCACUUUGUCCGGAACACUUUGUUUAAAAAAAAAAGAAAUGUUUCUUAAGGAAAAAAAAAAAGAAAAUGUACAAAAAAUUCCAUUUAACUCCGCGCUGGAGGGUUCUCUUUUCUGACAGGUAGAAAUAAACUUAGAGGUUUUUGAAAGCG